AUGUCUGUCUUUUCUUUUUAUAUUUCACUCUCUAAGGAGUUACUACUUGGUAAGAUUUUCGUUACUUAUCUCUCUCUCUCUCUCUCUCUCUCUCUCUCUCUCUCACUCUAUCUAUCUAUUAUAUAUAUAGUACCGUGGAUGGCAGAAGGCAGCAGUCUAUCAACGCACAGCUCAGCUAAUGAUAUCAGAGGUGAUGAAAGGCAACCUGCAACAUCUCCAUUAUCCCACCAUACAGAAGCGGUAGGAUAUUUAAAUAAACAGGAAAAGCUGUUAAACGCAGUUGCGCUAAUACAGCAAGUUUUGGAGAGCAGUUUUUCCUCCGAACACAGCAAAGAGGCAAACAAGACGGAACUAUCGAAACUUACUAGAGAAGUGUUUCCUGCAGCGAAAAAAGAAACAUUAGCCAUGACUGAUUUAACAGAAAAAGGUAAACAAAUUAAGAGGCGUGACUUGUUACUCAACCCUAAGACAAAACUAGCACUGAAGAAUUUGAGAAAAGCAAAACUAUUUAACAUCAGGAGAAAGAGAAUCGGUGAAUUGGGCUACAAUAUAGAACACACUGAAAGUGAAAAAAACAGCAAUAAACGAGAUUGUGGUGACCCAGAUGUUGUCAGAAGAAAUGUGGAUGGAUGUAGUAUGUGA